AUGGCGGCGCAACUACCAUCGAAUGUAAUAGAGAAAUCAAUUGAAGAAAAGUUGGUACAAGUCACUAAAGUGAUCGAGGAGCAGAUAGAUUCAGAGCUCAAUCGACUAGACAAUUUAGAGGAGGAUGAGAUAGAAUCCAUUAGACGCAAAAGGAUGCAAGAAAUGAAAGCCCAAGCAAAGGAGCGCGAAGAAUGGAUCGCUAAUGGUCACGGCGUCUACUCUGAGCUUCCUGAUGAACGAGCCUUUUUUGAUGCUUGUAAUAAAUCCCCCUCUGGCCUUUUAUGCCACUUCUACCGCGAUUCAACAUUCCGGUGUAAGAUAUUUGAUAAACAUCUAACAACUCUUGCGCCAAAGCAUUUGGAAUGUAGGAUGGUCAAGCUGAAUGUAGAAAAAUCGCCAUUUCUUACUCAACGCCUUGAUGUGAGAAUUAUACCAACGAUUUUGAUUAUGAAAGACGGAAAGUUAAUCGACCGAAUAAUUGGGUUUGAGGAUCUGGGCAUGAAGGAUGAUUUUUCUGUUGAAAUGCUUGAAUGGCGCCUAGCUGUUGGAACGGUGAUUAAUUAUGCAGGCGACAUAAAUUGCCCUCCUGAUUCUAAGGCGAAGCGAUCAUUUGCAGGCCAAUCGACUAAAAACGUAAAGAGCAUCCGAGAAUCAAGCCAGAAAUAUGAGGACGACGAUGAUGAUGAUGACAAUGAUGACUGGUGA